AUGAAGAGUCUCCUGCUCGCCCUGGGCUUGGCCCUCGUGUGUGGCGCCCAGGCUGCCCACAUUCCCAAUAAAGUGGAGGGUCUGGACAUAAGAGAGGUGGCAGGGACGUGGCACUCCGUGGCCAUGGCGGCCAGCGACAUCUCCCUCCUGGACGCCGAGAGCGGCCCCCUGAGAGUGAACGUGGAGGAGCUGAGGCCCACCCCCCAGGGCGACCUGGAGAUCAUCCUGCAGAAAUGGGAAAACCAAAAGUGUGUUGAGAAGACCAUCCUGGCUCAGAAGACCGAGGACCCUGCUGUAUUCAAGGUCGACGAUCACGGGGAAAGAAAGAUUUCCGUGCUGGACACAGACUACACCACCUACAUGAUCUUCUGCAUGGAGGCCCCCACGCCCACCGAUGAGCACGGCGCGAUAUGCCAGUACCUGUCCAGGACCCUGCAAGUGGACAACGAGGUCUUGGAGAAAUUCGAAAGAGUCCUGGAGUCUCUGCCCGAGCACAUGCGGAUCAACCUGGACCUGAGCCAGAGGAAGGGUGAACUUAGCCCUGCCCAGGUCCCGUCCUGA